CGUACUUGGCCUGCAGUUGCUGCUCGCGACCAGAAGACAUCUUCAGGACUAUGGACGCGGAUCCUGCGGAGAUUGAGAAGAGGAACAAGUGCUGGAACUGCAAGCGUCAGCGACUCAAGUGUGACGGCAGCUUGCCGCGUUGCCGGAAAUGCGCCCAGAGAGGUGCAGAAUGCCCAGGUUAUGCAUGCAAACCUCUGAGAUGGGUGAGCGGCGUAGCAAGCCGGGGCCAAAUGAUGGGUCGAACCUACGAGAGCAAGCCACCUCCCCUACAAGCUAGUAACAAACGUCCGCGGCCCCAACUCGUCAUCUCAGCCUACGAGCCUAAGAAAAAGAAAGUCGAUCUCGGUCAUUUAUCAUCACCGCCGACACCAUGGCCAACUUCACCGCCAACAUCACCAUCGAAAGUACCGUCAACAUCAAGUACAACGAGUCUUGUGGCACUCGCACCUUCAAAAGGUCUUGUUGAGCCCAUGCUGCAACCCUUGCGUUAUAAUGACCGAUACCUUCUGGACUAUUUUGUGCGGCAAGUCUCUUACCUCUUCGCCUUCAGCGAAGAGUGUAAUAAUCCCUAUCGAGAGGUGUUACCAAUGAUUGGUUCGUGUCAAGCUACCACAAGUGCCAUCAUGGCAGUUGCUGCCUGUCAUGCCAUCCAUUACAUGACAGGCACCACCGUGGCACAACUGAGUGGGCCUCUUGGGCCGUCAUCACGGUCCAACUGCGUCAAAGAGCGCUAUGUGUCGGUUUCCAACGACUACCGUUGUUCCAGGUUGCUAGAAGAGUUCUGGAACCACAAGCAGGAGGCGCUGAAUCUAUUCUCGCGAGACAUUACCAACCUGAAUGGGUCUCCAGACGUACUCACUUUCGCCACUGCAGUUCUUCUUGCUCUCGUGGAAGUAUUCGAGAGCGGUAGUGGCUCGUGGAUGGUGCAUAUCGAGGGAGCCAAGCAGCUGCUCAGUGCUAGUCUCCAUGCAGACCUGUCCUAUCUCCCUACGGUCUUGGAGGGCUUCAUCCAUGAGGUUACCUUGUGA